ACACAACCAUCAGCUUGACGACGGAGCAACUCGCUAACCAAAAGCCAAGACGACGAAGAAGACGGUGAUAGUGAUUUUUGCGAGAGCCUCGAAGCAAAAAUAGUGAAAAUACACAAAAUAUCCGGCAUUUAUUCGUUUGUCGGGUGAUAAAUUGUGCAAGUGAAACCUCCGGAACCCGUACGAGGUCACAGUGCCGUCGGCAGAGUAGCCACAAAAUGUUUACGGUCAACACACAUCAGCACCAAUUGCUCUUUCAUCUCUCGCAAAUCACUCCACGCCAUAGUAAUAUUGCUUUCAGUAAGCAGCACAGGAACCAUGCUCCGAAACAACAGGGAAAGGAAGCAGCUUCCUAUCUGGCCCAGCAGGAUCCGUUCCUGCCACGGUUGAAGCAGUCUCUGGUGCAGUUCUACACCGACAGUUUCCGGCAGUCGAUCGAAGAACCUCAGAACGCAACGGCCGCCGCUCCAAAACCGGAAAUGUUCGACCUGAAACUACCUCGGAGGAUUGAGCGAAGCUUGCUAAAACACUUCAGUCAGAUCCGUGUGAUGACCAGUGACCGCGAGGACGUCCCCUGGAGCAUAAGUCUUACGCCCAAGGCGCGUAAGGGCAAAGAACCACAGCAGCGGGAGACGGUCUUCUUCGAUGGGCACGCGGUACAGCAAAUCGUGAGGAAUCUUCUUCAUCAGAGCACGGGGGCCUACAGUAACUUGGCCUGGGUACAGCAGCGAGGAUUCAAAACGGUUCGGUCUGUUAGUGCUGAACAGAAGCGGAACCCGGGACUGUUCACGCGGGUCAAGGAUACGUUGGCUGCUCCGGCACCGCAAAUUUCCCACAAGUACGAACCGAUUCCAUUCAACGCGCAAACAAUCAACCCUCAGCAGUACAGUGAACCGUUCAACAAGCUGCUCAAUGAGGUCAACGACCCAACGAUACCGGACGAGCAGAAGCAACGGUUGAAGAUUGCGUUUGCCGAAGGUUACCUUACGGCAACCCAUCCGGACCAUGCAAACCGUUCUGGCAAAGCUAUGCGCUAUCUCAAGGUCCUUCAGCAGCUGCUGAUCAUUGUCGUGUUCAUCGGAAUCUUCAUCAGCCUGUUCGUCUCGACCAACGGGUCCGUUUUUAGGUCUAAUACAAUCGGCAACCAGGUCGAGGUGGACCCGGAGGACAUCUCGGUGACGUUCGAGGACGUCAAGGGUUGCGACGAGGCCAAGCAGGAAUUGAAGGAGGUGGUCGAGUUCCUGAAGAACCCGGACAAGUUCAGCAACCUCGGAGGCAAGUUGCCGAAGGGUGUCCUACUGGUUGGUCCACCCGGCACGGGUAAGACAUUGCUGGCGCGGGCAGUGGCAGGCGAAGCUGGAGUACCGUUUUUCCACGCGGCUGGACCGGAGUUCGACGAAGUCCUCGUCGGACAGGGAGCACGUCGUGUGCGGGACUUGUUCAAGGCAGCCAAGGAACGGGCUCCAUGCGUAAUCUUCAUUGACGAAAUUGACUCGGUUGGUGCCAAGCGCACCAACUCCGUGCUACAUCCGUACGCCAAUCAAACCAUCAACCAGCUGCUGUCGGAAAUGGACGGUUUCCAGCAGAACGAGGGAGUCAUCGUACUAGGAGCUACGAACCGGAGGGACGAUUUGGACCAAGCCUUGUUGCGACCGGGCCGCUUCGACGUGGAAGUGGUUGUUCCGACGCCGGACUUCACCGGACGGAAGGAGAUCCUCACACAUUAUUUGAGCAAGAUCCUGAGCAAGGAGAUCAACAUUGAUCAGCUGGCACGGGGAACGACCGGUUUUACGGGUGCAGACAUUGAAAACAUGGUCAACCAGGCCGCUUUGAGGGCCGCUAUUGACGGGGCUGAAACGGUGACGAUGAAACAUCUGGAAAACGCCAGAGAUAAGGUACUUAUGGGUCCAGAGCGAAAGUCUCGCCUGCCGGACGAGGAAGCCAACAAAAUUACUGCGUAUCACGAGGGCGGACACGCUAUUGUGGCAUACUAUACAAAGGAAUCCCAUCCUCUGCAUAAAGUGACAAUCAUGCCACGCGGUCCAUCGCUCGGUCAUACCGCUUACAUCCCGGAGAAAGAACGCUACCACGUCACCAAGCAGCAACUGUUGGCCAUGAUGGACACGAUGAUGGGUGGCCGAGCGGCGGAAGAACUUAUUUUCGGAGCUGACAAAAUCACAUCUGGUGCCAGCAGUGAUCUGAAGCAAGCCACCUCGAUUGCUUCGCACAUGGUUCGCGACUGGGGUAUGUCGGAAAAGGUUGGACUCCGUACGAUCGAAACGGCCAAGGGCUUUGGUGCUACCGCGGAAGUUCUGUCCCCAUCGACCGUGGAAGGCGUUGAUAAUGAAAUCAAGAAAAUUCUGAACGAUAGCUACGAGCGUGCCAAGGCCAUCCUCAAGCAGCACGCCAAGGAACACAAGGCUCUCGCGGAAGCGCUGCUCAAGUACGAAACACUGGACGCCGAAGACAUCAAGGCUAUCCUCGGGGGCGAGAAAAUGCCGGUGGAAGAACACUGAAGCGAGUAACGGAGAAUUGAUGCCGAGUAGGUACCUAUAUAUUGAUUCGUACAAGAUUAAUGCAACAAGAUGUAAGGACAAAAAUUUGAGAGUUGAUUGGCGAAAACCAACACGAAAUACACUCACAUGCGGUCAACAUCCUGUGUUGCUGCGUGGUUUUAGAUAUACAUAUUGAACUAAUUUAUAUUUAAUCGCAGCUUUCUUCCUUGUCCGUUUUAUUUAGAAUGAACCGAACCUUUUUCGACACAGGCUUGGUAAGAUAGUUGUACUAUAGAAUUGUUAAACAAGCGAAUCAAGCGCUAAAAAUGAACCACAAUGAACCUUCAAUACACAGAAUAAGAUAAACCAACUGAUAAACAGCUUUAGAACUGCACCGAGGGGGAAACCAGCUAAAAAUUUGAGUCUGAUUCUAAGAUGUUUCGAAUGAAAAAAAAAAUGUCAGAGCACCACCAAAUGAGCUGAGAGCAAAAAUUAUUCCAGGAAAAUUGAAUAAAAAUUACAAAUGUUAGUUGAUCAA